AUGAGAGACCAAUCCUCUGUCAGUUCAAACCACUCAACCCAUCAGACGACGUCUCGGCCUCCCAAUACCCCUUCCCAUCAACGUGACGCUCCUUCUGAGAAAGAUGACGCUUCAAAAAUCGAUCUCGCGGAAAAAGCAAUCACGGAAAGCGAAACUCCACGCGCCGAAGAUCUUCGCCGAGCUCGGUAUUUGACCUAUACCGCCGUAAAAGAAGAGGAAGAAGCGAAACCCAAAGGAUGGAAAGGACCCGGUAGUUACUGGGUAGCGGCAAGUUGGGCUUUCACGUGGUGGGCGCCACCGUUGAUUCUGCGCGUCUUUGGAAUCCGUGACAAACAGAUGCAACAAGCUUGGCGAGAAAAAGUGGCGCUGGUUCAGAUCAUCAUAUUGCUGUGUGCGGCUGUGGGUUUUUUGACGUUUGGAUUUAAUGCCACGGUGUGCGGUCGACAGCCUAACCGGAUCAAGCCUGCCGGUGUGGCCAACGAUCAAAUCAUCAUAUCCGGUCGAGCCUUUGAUCUCAAAACCUUCCGACAUCCUACACCGUAUCCUGGUGUCCCCGGCAGCGGUGAUCUGCAAGAGUAUGGCUUGGGCGGAAAAGAUUUAUCCUUCAUGUUCCAAGUCGUCAACUACCAUUGCAAGGAUCUCUUAAUACCGCUUAUUGCCGACGAUGCCAAAGGAAAUGUCGCCAACUAUUUCCCUUGUGUUCCCAUUGAUCGUUACGAACCUGCACUUAACAGUACCGAUAACCCGAAACGCGACGGGUGCCACAUUACACGCAAAUCACGAAGAGCGCUGCGACGAUUAAAAGUCGUUGGCGAUGUAUAUUACAACUGGACAGACAUUCAGCAACCAGGCACGAGUUUAGUGGCUUUCAACGGCAAUGUUCUUGAUCUGUCACGGCUGCGGUAUCUGACACCCAAUGUUCCUUUGCCACUGUCAAUCGCCCAAUUUGUUGGUCCCGGAAGUGCAUUUAUUGGCCGCGAUGCCACCUAUUGGUUGACGACGACGGCCGAUCGGUUAAAGUUGGGUCAAUGUUUAACGGAUAUACUCAAAGUCGGCGUGUUGGACUCCAAAUCCGCUGGGUGUAUUAUUUCCGAUAUCGUGCUCUGGGUAUCGUUGGCGGUUAUUCUUGGGGUGGUUUUGAUCCGUUUUUUCCUGGCUCUGAUUUUUGGAUGGUUUUUAUCAUGGAAACUGGGGAGUAUUCGUGAGGAAACGGCCGAGGAACGGAGACAACGGCAGGAAGCCGUGCUGGAUUGGGAAAUGAACAACGUCGAAGAUAUGCAUUACCCUCGAACGCGAAGUAUUGCAUCCGUACAAGACCUGCAAAAUCCAUCUAACAACUCUCUUUCGACCACCGACAUGGAUGCUGCGGCUGCUGGCACGCCUGGAGCCGUUCACACACGUAAUAACAGUACCAGCAGCGUUUCGUCCGGCCGAGCCGCCAUGGGUACACCCAAAGCCAAACGUCGCUUUCUUCCCAUCACCUCCCGAUUUACUCAACCCAAUUCGCCGAGCCAACUGAAAACGUCGCGCUUUUACCAUGCCAACGGGAUGGAAAGUCCUCUCCGCACUACCCCAUCCUCGCCAAAUCAUAUGUCGUAUAUGCUCAACUCGAGUUUUUUCAAUACUUUCGAUUCACUGGCUCUUCCACAAAGCGGGUCGGCUUCCAAUCUUCAAGCCCAAGAGCAAUACAACUUCAAUUUUGACCUUAUUCACACCUUUAUGGUCGUCACAUGCUAUUCCGAAGGUGAAGAGGGUCUGCGCACCACCAUUGAUUCACUGGCCAAUACAGAUUAUCCUUCUUCUCACAAGCUGCUGCUCGUUAUUUGUGACGGCAUCAUUAUCGGUUCAGGCAACGGGGCGUCGACUCCCGAUAUUGUCUUGUCAAUGAUGAAGGAUGAUCUAGUUCCCCGUAACCAAGUGAAAGCCUCUUCGUACGUUGCGAUUGCCGACGGUACCAAACGACAUAAUAAGGCCAAGGUGUAUGCAGGCUACUACAGAUAUAACGACGAUCCGAGUAAAGCUCCCGAAGUCGUUCCUGAAUCCGAACAGAAGCAUGUACCUAUGAUUGUUAUUGUCAAAUGCGGUGCUGAAGCGGAAGCCAAGGAUAAAAAGCCCGGAAAUCGUGGUAAACGUGAUAGUCAAGUCAUUUUGAUGAACGCAAUGCAAAAAGUGUACAACGGAGAACGCAUGUGCGAACUUGAAUACGAAUUCUGCAAAGCCAUUAUCAAACUCACGGGAUAUCAUCCAUCAAGGUUCGAAACAUGUCUCAUGGUUGAUGCAGAUACCAAGGUUUACCCCGAUUCUUUGGCGCGUAUGAUUGCUUGCAUGUCGCGCGAUGCUACUAUUAUGGGUUUAUGUGGUGAAACAAAAAUUGCCAAUAAGGCAGACAGUUGGAUCACGGCCAUCCAAGUUUUUGAAUAUUAUAUAUCACAUCACAUGAGCAAAGCUUUCGAGUCCAUUUUUGGAGGUGUGACAUGCUUGCCUGGAUGUUUCUGCAUGUAUCGAAUCAUUGCACCCAAAGGCGACCGUUUUAUUCCGAUCUUCUGCUCUUCCGAUAUCGUCGAAAAGUAUUCCGAAAACAUUGUAGAUACAUUGCAUAAAAAGAACUUGCUACUUCUCGGCGAAGAUCGAUAUCUCACCACCCUCAUGUUGCGCACGUUUCCAAAACGCAAGAUGAUUUUUGUGCCUCAAGCGGUCUGCAAGACAGUGGUACCUGACACAUUUAAAAUUCUUCUUUCACAGCGACGACGAUGGAUUAAUUCCACGGUUCACAAUUUAUUGGAACUGGUGCUGAUUCGCGAUUUAUGUGGCACAUUUUGCUUUUCCAUGCAAUUUGUGGUAUUCAUGGAACUGGUGGGCACGGUGGUACUGCCGGCAGCUAUUUCUUUCACCAUUUAUCUUAUUAUCAUUUCAUUUUUUGUCACACCGGUGCCUCUGAUUCCUCUGUUAUUGUUGGCGGCGAUUCUUGGUUUGCCGGCCGUAUUGAUUGCGCUCACCACACGUAAAAUGGCCUACGUUGGCUGGAUGAUUGUGUACCUUGGGUCGUUACCGAUAUGGAAUCUUGUGUUGCCAGCGUAUGCGUAUUGGCAUUUUGACGAUUUCUCGUGGGGCCAAACACGUCAAGUGCAAGGAGCCGGCGAUGAAAAGAAGGAAGAUCACGGUCGACGUGAAGGUGAAUUUGACAGCACCGGAAUUAUUAUGCGUCGAUUCGAAGAAUGGGCUAGACAAGAGAGGAAACUCAUGGCAGAAAACAAAACCCCAUCGUCCCAGCUCAUUAGAGGUUACCCUGCCAUAUAUUACGGUCAUUAAAUUUUGUUUUUUUCAGCAGUGCCCAUUGUAUCAAUGCCAUUUUUCAUAUUCUACCUUUUUUCAAAAGCGUUAUCUUGCAGUAUAGUUUUACUUGUUUCUAUAAAUAC